GUAUAUUCAAAUUCUCAUUGGCUCUUGCAUCUGUUAAUUACAUUGUCACUAACUAGGAAGUUGGUAUUUAAAGUGACCCCAGAAUUGUACAAAUUACCUGUAGUUUAGGGACAUCGGUACCUCACUGUAUGGUAAAGGAAGAAAUGGAGAAUCGUAUCAUAAUGUUUCGUCACUGCCAGAAAGAUAUUUAUUGUUUUAGUAUACCCGAGGAAUGUCCAAUCUGUGGUCAGAGUUUUCUGGGACGAAGGCUGGAAGAUGCCCCUGUCAGUAUUCCUAACUCCUUUGUAGAUGGUCAUCAUGAGAAGUGCUCAUUCCUGAUCAAACCCACUAAAGGAUCGUUCCUGAGAGAAUAUGAUGGGAGCUCUGAUCUUCAUGUUGGAAUCUCAAAUACCAGUGGUGUUGUGUACAAUUACAUUGAAACUGGUGUCCAAAGAGCUGAUCGUGGUUGGGAGGAAUGUGUUUGUGUUCCACUAGUACAACCGGACAUGUACAGUUUAAUUAACCAGUGGGAUCUUUAUUUGGAACGGUUCUCCACAACUGAUUUAUGGUUACCAAACAGGUACAAUGAAUAUGAGCACAACUGCUAUUCCUAUGCACUGACCUUCAUCAACCGUGUGUUGGCAGCACAAAGUAAACGACAGCUCAGUAGGACUGAAUUCACCGAGAGGUUUGUGGUUCCGCGGACAAAAAGAGCCUCCAGAUAUAUCACGCUCUACCAAGAGCUUUGCAGAAGCUACUUUUAUAUCGCAGAUGGCUUACAAACUGAAGAAAUCAGCAGUCAGUUUUAAAAAAAACACAGAUUUAAUUAUAUUAGUGUUAAACAAUUAUCACCUACAUUUCUAUAACUUAAGAAAUAAAUAUUACUAUUGAACCACAGAAUAAACUUUUAUGUGGAAAAGAUGAAUAAGCUACCAUCAGGUUAACAGUGUUACAUCUCCUGCUGUUAUCCAUUGGUAGUAAAAGAGCACUGUGAUCUGUGACUGUUUUAUUCUAACUUAACAAUCUAAUGUCUCUUGUCUUAAACAUUGAACUGUGAUUUAAAUAAAUGAAAAUCACAUGUAAAUUCACUGCAUGUGCAUUAUUAGUUCUCACUUUACUGUACUUUGAAAAUACUGGUCAAUGAUGAUAAGGUACAUUCACUAAUCUGGAGAACUGGCCUCGAAGAGAUUGAAAGUCGGAGAAUUGUAUAGUCAGCUGUUCUGAGUUAUCUGGCCUCCUUAAGGUGCUCAACCUGGGCUUGCAUAAGGACAAAACAAACCAGUUAGAACUCCCACUCCUGAUUACUAUAUAGUGACCUUUGCUAGAAAGUGAAUAAAUGUGGAGCGGAAGUGAAAACUGGAUAGGGUUGGUUGUGCUAUCCCCACAGUUUAAUCUCCUUCUGACAUUCACAAGCUAUGCUUAAAUUUCAAACAACACUUGGCAGUUAAUUGUCAGUCACCAUCAACUGGUACAUUCUCCAUGGCAAUGCCUCUACCAAUCAGAGUCCACUUGCCAACCAAUCAGCACUCUCUUCUCACACAGUAUACAUUGGUUUUUCUCCCCUGACAUUGGCAUUUUCUUGUGAAUUGACCUAAUGAGUGCAAGACAAAAAGCUUUGACAAAAAAGUCUUUUUUCAGCAAUACUCAAGUUCUGUACUACCAAAUGACUAAUUGUUUAAUUUCAGAAAAUAGUGAGUAUAGAAGCUUUUUUGUGGGGUGGGAGUUUGAAAUUAGUCAAAGCCAAUAGCGCAAAAAAGGCUGAUAGAAAAUCUACACUGCGCCUAGUUUUCUUUCCAGUUAGGUCAAUAAAUAUUUUUCCUAUAUUUAUUCUACAUAAGACAAAAUUGGCCAAUCUUAAUUAUAUUUAUAUGUCACAAUUAUUAUGCCAGCAUGACACUGUUAUUUCACACAGUGAUCAUGUUUAGUGAACUUAAUGUUGAAUUACAUGCAUUUUUGUGCUAUGGCUGUGAUUUCACAAAAAACUAGAUUGGGACUACCCAAGCUCAUUUUAAUUACUUCCUUCCCAUCCGCAGAAAGAAUGUUAACUGAGUUUGCAGCCCUGAUUCCAGAAAUGAAAACAUUCCUUACUUGUGAAUCAGCCUUAGAAUGUUCUGGAUUGCCUUAUUAUAAUAUCAGCAGUAAAACCAAUUAACUACAAAAGGCAACCACCAUGAUAAUAAAAUGAGAUUGUCCCUCCAGAAUAAGAUUGUUGGAUAAAUUACAAUAUUAACAGACAAGCUUUAAACAGUGAACAAAAAUGUAUUUCAGAAUCAUAUGCCUGUUGUAAUGGAUAUUUGGAAAAUAAACAAUACUUCAAGAAAUGUAAAAAUCAUGCUUAAUGUUAAUGUAAAGUGCAAAUAAUGUAAAAAUUACAUAUUUCUACAUCAUUUACUGUUUCAGUUAGGUUAUUGAGAGCUCCUCUGGGAUUAUAUUAAUUGCUUUCAGAGAGGGAAAUGUAUUCAGUUUGUUAUUUAUCUGGAGGAUACAGCCAAGUGAUGAAAAAUGUAAUAAAAGUGAAAAUUAUAGUUUUACAAUUACUGUAUUCUUUAAUGUCAUUAAAGUUUACCUUAUAAUUUA